GGCCAUUCACCAACCCUUCAAGUGAAGACUGCCUUUGCGCCCAUGGCUGGCGUUUCGUCAAUAAUAAUUAUUUCAUUGCAGACCAUAACAGGGGAUGUGGUCGCCGUUCUCCUGCAUCUGUAGAUCUCCCGCUCCUCGUCAAUAAGCCUGUUUCCCACCGCCAACUGCGCGCGCGUCGAGAUCACCCCAAGCAGCCAGCCCUCGGAACGCCUGUGACCAAAUCAGACCUCGCUCCUGCAAAAAGCCGCACGCCUUCCCUCGAUGAUCCACGAACCACAGGUCCAUUGCGUAACGUAGAGGCCCAAUGGGAGUCGGUGCCAUUCAGCAGACCCGAAGAAUUUGUAGCAGCAAGCAGACAUGGAGAACAGUGGCAGCAGCAAUGGCCAUCCCGCCAAGCACGCGAGACCCGACAGCGACCACGCGAACGGCAAUGCAGCAGCAGCACCAGCAGCAGCACCAGCAGCAGCACCAGCAGCAACAGCAGAUGACGAGGUCAAAUUGAAGGAAACCACCAGGUCCCCUGCUACCGCUGGCGGCGCCGCCGCCGCUGCUGCUACUCCAGACAGAGAUGCCAAUAAGAGCCCCAGGAAGCGGCGCAAGGUGAAUCACGCCUGUGUCUACUGCCGUCGAUCUCACAUGACUUGCGAUCUCGAAAGACCGUGUACGAGAUGCAUCAAACGCAACAUAGGCCAUCUAUGUCACGAUGAGCCCCGAGAUACCGAUUCCAAGAAAGCCAAAGGCCCCCAAGCUGCAGCUGGCCACGACGAAUCAGACACCCAGUCGGAGCUAGCGCAGAACACGGUAGACCAGAAUCCCGCGGCCUCCAUGGGGCCACCGUCGUUCGAGGGUACUGGAGCUUCCCAGGCCACCAAACAAGGCUUUAUUGCCGGGGCCUUAGGUCAGGCAAACCCCCUACAGCUUGUGUCACCAGGUCCAGUCUCUGGGAUGCAGGCCAAUGCCUCUAGCAGCAAUAUGAACCAAUUCGCGGGAUUCUCUGAUGCCUGGAUGACAGCCCAAAAUCAAUUUCACGAUAUGCACAGCUACAAUCCUCAGUACAUGCUACCCCCGGAGGUCACUCAUGAGUUUAACCUUCUCAACGAUUUUCUGAACACCAGUCUUCUGGACGACGGCGGGAAUUUGGCGGAGGAUCAAAAUCAGCACUACAGAAACAACCACUCCGAAAUGGCAGGCUUCUUGGGCGGAACCAAUCUGCUGCCCCCUGGAGCACUGCAAGGAGGCUCAAUGCCUCCGCCUAACGCGGACCAGGGCCGAUCCAUCUCGCGGCCGACUAACACCAUCCCUACGGACAAGACGCGUGAGUUUUAUCUGCAAGCGGCGGAUCCCACAGGCGACGACACUCCCGAGAAGCGCAUGGACCGCGUUUUGAAGGCCAAGUACGAUGCUGGUCUCCUGAAGCCUUUCAACUAUAUCAAGGGUUACGCUCGACUCGGAACAUACAUGGAUAGCCAUAUCUCGCCAGCCUCGAAGCAAAAGGUUUUGCGGCAGCUAGACCGAUUCCGACCCAAAUUUCGCGAAAAGAUACAACAUCUCUCCGACUUGCAGCUCAUAUACGUCGAGAUGUGGUUUGAAAAGACCCUGUUGGAGUACGAUCGAGUGUUCGCAUCCAUGGCAGUACCGGCUUGCUGUUGGAGGCGAACAGGGGAGAUCUUCAGGGGCAACAAAGAGAUGGCAGAGCUAAUCCACGUUCCCGUUGAACGCCUACGAGACGGCCAGGUUUCAUUGCAUCAAAUCCUGACCGAGGAGUCGCUUGUACGAUUCUGGGAAGAGUUUGGAACGAUUGCGUUCGAUCCUGCACACGAUACCCUUUUGACGGCUUGCGCAUUGAAGAAUCCGGACGACCUAUCUAAUGACCCAAUUGUCAAUUGCUGCUUUUCGUUUAUGAUUCGGAGAGACGACCACAAGAUACCCAGUUUGAUCGUAGGAAACUUCCUCCCUCACGACCCUCAACACUAAAGCAUUUUUAUGGAUCUGGCAGGCAUUUCAAGGCGCUGGCAUUGUCACAUGAGUCGGGGGAAACAGUGGCAUGGUUGCAUUUUGUUUUGGCGAAAACAGUCUUGGGCCCCCACUGCCUGAUUAAGUAUCUACAUAUGGGGUGGCUUUUACACCUUCUAAACACAUGGAAAACUAGCGUGCGAUACAUGAACUAGUAAUUCGUCCUGGAAGCUAUUGACUGAAGUAUUGAUGAGCGGCAUGACACUGUCGGAGGAGGAGGCGCCGGAGUGCCGGAGGUGGGUAUUGGGAAGUCACGUCUCAGGCAGAAGGUGUGUCCUCCGCGCCUGCUUCGUCCUUGUUAGAAAACCGGGAGCUGCCUGGAACUCCGGAGCGACCAGACCAACUCAAAGUUGAUUUAGAAUUUUGCCCUCAAAGCCCAGUAAUCGGAAUUAGAAUUUGUUACCUAC